CGGCAUUUUGUGACCCACAGAUCUGGCUCAUGAUGGUGAAGAGGCGUACGUUCCCUCUACUGAUAGCUUCUGCUCUGGCAGUCAUGGUCUACGUCAUCUUCACAUUGCCCAGGUCACAGCCAGGCAACCACCAGCACCUCUAUCCACACCACAUCUCUGACCAGUCCAUCACGCCUGUCAACGACACCAAACACUUCAUGGUGGGGGCCUACAAGGAACAUCGUUUGGAGGGAAGCUCCGUACGCAUCAUCAGUAUCUUCAGACGAGACUCUGUCCAGCCUCUGUACUGUGUGUUCUACUGUGGGACUCACUGGGCUAAUGGAACAAAGGCUGAAGUCCAGAUGCACUCUGAUCACUUUGGUUUCCGCUUCGUGACAACCGACGUCCUUUGUCCGAAACAUCCCGACUGCGACCCGUCACACGUGACCCUCGCCAUACAAGCUGACGCCGAGCUCGCUCAGAACCAAACCUUCCUCCGCAUCCAGAACCUUGUGAAAAGGGAGGAAGAGGAGUUUCAGUUCAACUUCACUGUCUGUUGGUCCAAUUUAUUUGGCGAUUAUAACAACGUGCUUCAGGUCACCCAGACUCUGGAGAUGUAUAAGUUGUUGGGAGUGCAGCAUGUUGUGGUGUAUAACACCAGCUGUGGACCAGACCUGGAGAGACUGCUACAGAGUUACACACAGGAGGGCUUUGUAGAGGUGGUGCCCUGGCCUAUCAACCAACACAUGAACCCGUCCAGUGGGUGGCAGCCCAGUGAACAUGGAGGGGACAUCCACUACUAUGGCCAGUUGACCACUCUAAAUGACUGUGUCUACAGAAAUAUGUAUCAGUCACGCUAUGUACUGCUGAAUGACAUCGAUGAGAUUAUAGCUCCAUACCAGCAUCAAACCCUGCCCCAGAUGAUGGAUGUACUUCAGAGGCAAAACCCAAAGGCUGAAGUGUUCCUCAUAGAGAACCACAUCUUCCCUAAGUCCCAGUUUGAGCCCAGUGGAAGGUUUGAACGACCCACCUGGCGGGACGUUCCAGGGAUCAACAUCAUGGAGCACAUCUACAGAGAGGAGCCAGACUAUCGCAUCUACCACCCCUCCAAGAUGAUAGUACGGCCCAGAGUUCCCCUACAAGGAGGACUGACCAAGAAGGAGCUGCAUGAAGACAAGAGGGUCUGGGACUACGAGAGACAGCUAGUUCCUAAUGUAGAUAAAGCAUUGGAGAAGGCAGGACUACUGCGCAUGUGAAUGGAUUUACUUCAUCCUGAACCAAACCUGCAGAGAAGUUUAGCCCCACACUUGAACGCUCUUAGGUGUUGCAGACAUUGACCCGCUAUGCUGUUUACUUUGUGCCUCUGCUUCAUAUCGCUGAGUCUAUCUUUGAUUGAUUUGAUUGAUUUUAUCUUUAAGUGUGUUACAAAUGUAAUGAAAGUAUGAAUAGUAUUUUUAAAUGUAUUGGAUUUUAUCUGUACUUAAAGUAAUAAUAAUAAAGCCCCUUUACAAUGAGUAGGA